AUGCCUGUAAAGCGAAGAGAAGGUCCAACAAAGCAGCGACAAAUUACUCUGCGGCGCAGCAUCGAUCCACUUCCUCUUCUAGCAGCACCCGAACCUACCAAACUGCAAGAGCGUCGCGCAAGCGAAGGGAAGAGCAAGCGGCCACCAAGAUGGCGGGGGCCCCAACACAACGACACUGGCAACAUGCAGCAAAGAGCUGCAUCAGUCGUGCUACCAGAGUCUAACAUGAAUCCAGCACGUGAUGUCCAAAGAAGUCCGUCGCAUCAGCCAUCGCAAUCUCAAAACAUCCAACUUCGGUUCUCCUUCUCCCAAUCUUUCAUUGAUGAUGUGGAGCGACAACUCCAUUCCGAGAAUGAGGCUCGCUUCAACCAAUCCUUCUCCGGCCUCUCUAUGACCCCCAGGUCCACCCAAUCCUUCUCCAGUUCAAGUCCAAGUUCUCACUCCACUGAAAAGGCGUCUCCGGUACAGCAUGUGUCGUCGUCGCAAAGAUCCAUCUACGAAGAGGAGGAGGUCAAAGCUCCCGUGUUGACCAAACCGGGCCAGAAGAAGAAGAAGGAAGGCUAUGGCUUUAGCUACUCGGAAACCUUCAUGUACGAUUCAGAUGACUACCCGGAUACGGAGUGUGAGUGGGAUCCAGAUGCAGAAGAGCAGGAGCAAGGGCAGGAGACGGAGCCGAAUACGCCGACUACGCCAACGUCAUUUGGCAGUACCGCGUAUCUUCUGAAUUGGGACAGUGGAGAGGAGGUUUCACGGAUAGAUGAAGUGCAACAUGUUGUGCAAUACUCACAGCCGACACAACAACCAACGCCCCGCCAAAGCUUCAGUUCAUCGACAACCAACGCGCCGUCUUUCGACGACCUCGUUGUCCUUCGCGACGUAGAUUCCUUCCACCUCGCGCGGCCGCAACGACACCUUCCUUGUACCCAUGCAAGUCGAGAAGACACAAUCCAACUAAAAGCCCGCGCUCAGGCUCUCCUCUCCAAAUACACCGAAUCUGCCUCCAUUCAACUCUCUCUUCUCACCCGGCUCGAACGCUUUACUUCCUUGUGCGGAGAGAUUGGAGAGGUGGCUGGUGGGGAGUAG